ACAAUGUAAACAGAUGAGAGACUACCAUUUAUACGGAUUAUCUCUUUUUUAAUGUCGUUAAAAAGUAUUGUAGGUGGUAAGUAAAGUAAAUUAUACUGAAAUCGAACUUGCUUCAAAAUUAUUGAUAGGUCUUUCAUACACACUAACACAAUAAUUAGAUCUAAAUUCAAAGUUUUUCGUUGUUUUUUAGAAGUCUUACUAAAUAAGUCUGCAAACAUAAUUUAAUUCCUUUAAAACGGACGGAGAAGAUUACGGGAGAACAGAUUGGCUUUUGUUCAUUUCAGCCUGCCUGUCUGCCAGUCUGCAGGUUUGUCCGCUGAAGGGAUCGAGGCUCGGAAGGGAUUAAUCACCGCAACCUUGCCAACAAGCUUUUUCCGCCUGUAGACCAAUUGCGUAACCGUAUUAUACAAUAAAUACAGCUCCACUAAACUCUGAACACUGAGUAUAGGCGAAGAAGUUUGUCAACGCGCCGCUGCAGAGAGGAGGUCUCAUUUCACUCGGUGUGCGUAGUCAGGGGACUGUAUCCUCAUCUACCCCGCCGGCACUGUACACUGGUUGUGGCUCUCAUCUUCAAUCUCCUCCUCCUCCGUCUCCUCCCCUUCCUUCUGUUUUCUGCAGGGCUGGGGGAAAUUAAAGUCAAGGUCCAGUGAGAGUCUAGACGCGCCCACUCUUGGUUACGUUGCGCAUUUCUUGGGAAAGAAAGUAAACCUGCGCCGACCCAGUCUUGGCUGAGCAUCUAGAAGUUGGAGGGGGGUUUAAUGGGUACGACACGGCUUUUCUACCUCUAGAGAGUCUGUUUUAAGAAAUAAUCGUCCCAUGAUGGUUCUUCAAAAGAUUUUUCGUGCUGUCAUAAUGGGACCACCGGGGUCGGGGAAAGGAACAGUUUCUGCGCGCAUAACCAAAAGUUUUGGACUGAAACACCUCUCUAGUGGGGACAUUUUGAGAGCCAACAUCAACGCUAAAACCGAGCUCGGCCUGUUGAUGAAGUCCUGUAUUGAUCAGGGUCAGCUGGUCCCUGAUGACGUCAUGUCUCGUCUCAUCCUGAGCGACCUGAGAGCAUUAGGCCAGAGCAGCUGGCUGCUCGAUGGUUUCCCACGUACAGUAUCCCAGGCAGAGGCUCUGGAUGACGCCUACAGUGUGGACACAGUCAUCAACCUCAAUGUACCUUUCCAGACCAUCAAACAGAGGCUGACCUCUCGCUGGACUCACCUCCCCAGUGGCAGAGUCUACAACAUAGAUUUCAACCCACCUAAAGUUCCUGGUUUUGAUGAUGUGACAGGAGAGCCUCUGGUCCAGAGGGAUGAUGACACACCGGAGACAGUCACACGGAGACUGAAGGCCUAUGAGACCCAGACAGAACCUGUGUUAGAGUACUACAGGAGUAAAGGUGUGCUUGUGACCUUCUCUGGGACAGAGACCAACAAGAUCUGGCCACACGUAGAGACUUUCCUCCACAGCAAACUCCCCUACGUUAAUCAAAAGGUUGCGUAGAAAACCUCAAGAGAGAGGCACGAGACGUCUUAUCAAGUUUACCAGCAGAAACCACUCCAUAUGCAUUGUCCAAUUAAGGUGCCACUAUCUGUGAAACAAAAGGAGAGCCAUCUUGAUAAUAUAUAUUCUGAUGGUUCAAAAUAAGGAGUAAGUGUACAGUUGAUGUCAGGCAGCAAUAGUAAGACUAAAAUAUUUUUGGGAAAACUCCACUUUUGAAGUGCUUAUUGCACGACUGUUGCACUGUUUCCACAAUAUUGCUGAAAUUAGUUUGGAAAACUCUCAGGAUGCAUGCAUAAAAUCAUUCACACAGACUGUAUUUCUCUCUAUAAUGUGCCUUUUUAAAGCCAGGAGACACCACUGAAUCAAAUAUCAAGAUCCUUCACAGGCAAACAUCAAGGUUACAUCAUUAACAAUGGAUGUUGCAAUGCGGCAGGAACAGUUGUAAUGGCAUGUCCUUUCUGGUGAUCGCACCCAAACUUAAUGAGUGGAGUUGUGUGUACAUUUUUAACCAUUAAGUUCUCUUCUAGCAAUUAUGAGUUCUUUUCUUAGUUGAUGGCGACUGACAAUAUUGUGGUCAUAACAGAGGUGUUUGUAACUUACUGGGGCUGUUCACUGCUCUAAAAGGGAAUUGUGCCAUGUUCUUCUCUAAAUUCACUUUUGCACUCAAGUGCCUUUUUGCUGCUUUUGGAAAUGGAACAGGUAGCAAGUAGUAUGUAAAUACUUUUUAUAAAUAUGGACCACUGUUUGAAUAAUGUAUGAACUGACCCGCUUAUAAGGCUAUAUUGAUUAUUUAAAAUUUUUAAUCAAACUAUCAUUGUGUAACAGUUUCUUUCAAUCACCUGAAGUCUUAAUAGUGUUGCCUCUUAAAUACGCCAAAUUCCAUUUUAACCAGUCGUUCUGACCAAGUCUAUAAACAUACAUUGAUAUUCACAUUCAUUUAAUGUGACUUGACAAUUGGAAACUUCAUUGAAAAAUAUAAUAACUUUAAACAUUCAAAGCACAAUAUCCACAGGGUUGCCAUUCUGUGUUUUUGCACAAGACUUUCACAAUGCUAAAAGCCAUAGAGACGCUAACCUGCCUUGUGAUGUAGUGUAGAUUUAUGCAGUGAAUGUUUCUCCUGAACUGUACUGUGUUUAUUUCUCAACACUUGAAUACAAUUGUUUAAAAGCACAUCUCUUAACAACUUAAAAUUGUGUCAUGAGUAUUUAUUAUGAAUCACAAUAAACUUCUCAUACUAA